GUGGGUGGAGCAGGCCGAGGAGGAGGAGGAGGAGGAGGAGGAGAAGCUCCAGAUCUACUUUGAAGAAGUAGCUGUCUCUCCUGCAUCCAGGCCAGAGGGCUCUCUACAAGGAAGUCAGGAUGGAGGAAGAUGGGAAAAAGGCCUUUCUGGCCGUGUCUCACCAUCCCUCAAUCCGUUGCCUUGGAGAAGACUUCAAAGAUAAUGAGCAGGAGAGUGAGACCUACAAAGAGCCAGCUGUGGCAUCAUGGGAAAUAACCAAACUUCUCAUGGAAAAAGAGGAAUUUGGAAAUCGAAGAGGACCUAAAAGGCAGAAAGGAAACCAAGCAGAGAAGAACUCUUUUGUUUUCUUGGGCGCUGAUCUUGCUAAACCUCUGGAUUCACAGACAAAACAGCUACAAUGUCCUGUCUGUGGGGAAAUAUUAAAAUAUAAAUCACAGUUCAAUAUACACUUGAGAGUUCAUACAGGAGGGAAGCCCUACAAAUGCAUGCAUUGUGGAAAGAGCUUCAGUCAAAAGGCCCAUCUACAUUCACACCAAAAAACCCACACAGGGGAGAAACCAUAUAAAUGCAUGGAAUGUGGAAAGAGCUUCAGUCACAAUGGAAAUCUACAUAUACACCAAAAAACUUCACCAGGGGCGAACCGUACUAAAUGCAUGCAAUGUGGAAAGAGCUUCAAUCAAGUUCCCAUCUACAUUUACCUCAAAGAACACACCACAGGGGAGAAAAACCAUUAUAAUGCAUGGAAUGUGGAAAAGGCUUUACUCAGACUGGACAUCUACCUUCACAUCAAAAAACGCACACAGGGAAAAAUCUAUAAAAUGCAUGAAUGUGAAAGAGCUUCAGUAGCAGUGGAAGUUUUCAUUCACAUCAAAAAACCCACUCGGGAAGAAAACAUAUAA